UAUAACUUUCUUCCCACCAUUUUCUUGAAAUACCAAUAAUUUGACUCUGUUAGUACUUUGAAGGAAUUUUGGGACUGCUGAAUUCUUGGGCAUAUCUUGCUUGAUUUCAGCAGGGGCCUGAUCGGCAGUCUCCUUUGGAUCUUUCGAACACGCUGCCGUUUCAUCAACUGAACUUUCCACUGUAAAAAACCUGGACCUCGUUGACCGAUGGAAACUGGAGGUGAUAACAAAAAUAUAGGAAGUUCAUCCCAUGAACAAACAAACGUUGUUCCCACAAAAGUUGAAUCACACGGUCCAACAAAAUCUAGCGAAGAUGUUGCAGGUGGGGUGAUACAAAUCCCUCCAGUGCAGGUGAUGGAGCGUCCAGGUGAAACAAACACCUCUCCCGAUUACACCUUUCCAUCUCAUGUCUUCUCCAAGAGCACUGCGAACUCCCAAGUGGAAUGGAGCACUGCGUCUAAUGAAUCAUUGUUUAGCAUCUACAUGGGAAACACGAGCUUCUCGAACGACUUAGGUUGUUUUAAAUCCUGGGAGAUGGACAAGCCUGGUGAUGUCUGCGCGCAUGAUCAGCCUUAUGCUUCACCCAAUAACAACAAUGUAGAUGCCUCAACAAAUAAAUUCAAUGCUAUCAGCAAAAGAACUCAUGAACUGCAGAACGAACUUAGUUCCAAAAAUGCUGAAGCAAGAGCUGCUGAGACAAUGAGGGAGGUCAUAAUGGAAAGUAGUAAAACCACAGAGAAUGUCGGUAAAGGAGAUGAUAAGGCUUUCGAGCCUCAACGCCAAUCAAAUGACAGCACCAAUUCCUAUGCGUUUCAACAGCCGUCGAAAGGUCCAGAGAAGAGUGUUUCGUCCCUGAGUGCUGCAGAGAAACAAGAACAGGAGUCAUCAAAUACAGCUGAUCAGGCCCCAAAACCAACCACAAAUACAUCAAACGGGUGGAGUUGCUUUUCGUGCUGCGGUUUUUGACAGUAGAAAUCAACACACCAGAGUUUUUUGUAUUCUUACAGAGCCAUUAACUAUUCAUGUCGUCUAAUUAAGCUAGUAUCAUGGGUAAUCUGAAUAGCAGAAUAGAUCUAGCUAGUUAGCUUUAAUUCUUAUUUUACUUGUCUUGUUUAUUUUGUAUAUCUUAGUUGGGAAAUCAGGGACGAAACUUUGUAUUAACUUUGUAAGAUACUUUAGCCGACAAAGGAAUAACAGAGGCA